GCGUGGUGCGCGUGUGCGUGGUGAGCGUGGUGAACAGAAUAGUGAAAAAUUAUUUGUGAGAAAAACUACGCUCCAUAUAUGUUGCCUAUUAUUCAUACCAGCAUAAGUGAUAUACUCCAUCGGGGCUACGCCAAUAAAUUAGUAUGCCACGUCAAUGCCAACUAUCUACACCAGUAAAGUGAUGUACUGAAUCAAUGCUAGCUACUUCAGCUACACCAGCAAAUUUGAAAAUUACAUCAGAUCUAACUAACCAUACCAGUAAAGUGGUAUAUUAGCACCAGUAAAAUCAGUGAACUGAUGAUAUUCAUCAUUAAAGAGACGAUCACCACGAAAAGUCCGUAUGCCCGAAGAAACUCGUAGCAGAAAACGGCUUGAGUAUGUUUGGUGGGAACUACAAUAACGAACUGGACUGCCGUACCACAUCCAUACCUUCUCAACCACCAACCUCCCUACCUCCUCACUACUACCUGCACCAUCUACAGCAACACCUGCACGAACACUACGCCUAUCAGCUGAAGCGGAGAGCUCUACUAGAACAGUGCCACGAAGUGUCAGCCUGUGUCGGUGCCAUGACACCUUCCCCGGUGCCACAUGUUAGAGCCCCAGACUCAGUUGCGUCCCCGGUGGGUCAGAAAAGAGUUUCCCCUUUCUUAAUCCCCAACAACGGGGCCUGCUCCCCUCAGGCUAACGUGGGUACGCCUUCCCCUCGAAACAAUAGUGGGGAAGAACUGUAUUCCCCCUCGUUGAGGACCAACAUGGUAUCGAACUGCUCCACGACGCCUGAUGUCGACUCUACAACAGAAAACGAUCUCGAGCCAAAGGACGCCCAAACCAAAUUGUGUGAGUCUGACACCAGCGCGGAUCAAAAGUUUUUAUGUGAAGCCACCGAGGGGCAAGAAACCCAUUUACGACCACCGCACGAGCCCACCCAAAACCAAGAAGCCCACUUCCGACACAUGCAAAGUCUGCAAUCGUUCCAGCAAAAGCUGGCUGGCCUGCAGUCCAGUACUUCAGAUGGUAGGAGUCCAGCGGCACCAGCUGCACUCCAGAGGCUCCAGGAGAGCAAGUACUUGAGCCAAGUUCAGGGUACUUUUAGUGCAGCUAUGGGACAGACGGACUUGCCCACAUCAAUGCCCAACAACAUGCCCAAAAUUCACCCGCCUUUUUUCAACAGUUUCAUUGGGUUCGGUCACCCGAUGUUUAUAACCCAUGGACUGUCGCAAGACUCGAAAUAUUCUCUACCUUUUCCCCCUGGGGGAUUUAUUCCCAGUUUUGCUUCUCCACAAAACAUUAGGGACACGUUUAGUCCGAAUGCGGACAUUAAAUCUUCCGCACCAAACUCGUCAGAUUUAAGAUCGUCAAGUCCAGCAUCGGGUGACAACUUUAAGUGUUCAACCUCAUCCACAUCUCCUAGCAGUAGUUCCUCGAUCGCCAUGUCGGACGAACACGUCAAGCGGCCCAUGAAUGCAUUUAUGGUUUGGUCCCGCAUCAAAAGAAGGAAGAUAGCUCUGGAUAAUCCAAAAAUGCACAACUCGGAAAUCUCGAAGCGACUCGGUGCCGAAUGGAAACUGCUCACGGAUCUCGAGAAGCGUCCUUUCAUCGACGAAGCAAAACGAUUGAGAGCACAGCACAUGCGGGAUCACCCAGACUACAAGUACAGGCCGCGACGCAAGCCUAAGACGAACAAGAAGGAUAACUUCUACGCAUCCUUCCCCUACCUGCCUCCUCCUUUAGACCCCCUGAGUUUACCGCGUUCGAUGUACGCGUCGGUGGGGGGCGGAGGGCCGCCGUUCCCGUCGUCCGCCGCGGCGCUGUCGCAGCUCGCCGCCGUGGGGGGCCUGAUGGGUGGACUCAUCACCACCAUGGCUGACUAUCAUCAACCUGCUUCUGAUGUCGCUAAAAUAACUCCUUCGUUUAUGCAUAACUCUUUAGGUCUAUCGUCCGUAUCACCGCACGCUCUGUACAACAUGACAUCCUUACACCCUCCCGCCUCUCCCCUGCUUAACAACGACCGCCCGCAAUCCUCUAACAUUUCUUCGCAAGACCGAACCUUUAAUUCCCCUUCACCUGACCGCUCCACUUCCUCUCCUCCUCAUAAGUACAGCAAAUCUUCCCCACAACAUUCCCCUCACACACGGGAAGCCCCAGCCCACUCCACCAUCCCCACAGAUGUGGUAUUCUUAUGCCGCUCUGCUGACGCACCGAACCCCUCUGUGGCAUCCCUCGCCACGGCGCCACAAGGGCAUUCCGACGCCGCUUUGGCAUAUUCCAGCCCAGUGUCUAGUUUUUCUAGCGGUGUACUAGGAUAUUCCAACUCAACACCAGGAAAUUCUAACGCAGGAUAUUCUAACGCCGCAUCAGGAUAUCCCAGUUUCGGCAUCGGUUAUCCUAACACCUCCUCAAGCUAUGCCAGUCCGUCUUCCACAUCUCAGUCCAGGGAGACUUCAAGGGGAGAGAGCGCUUCCCCUGACACUUCAGGGGACCACUGAUCCUUGAGGAGCGGGUUUCGGCAUCCCAACUGCGCUGAUUGCUGGUGGAGAAAUGAUUAAUAGCAUAUGGUGGAGAAAUGAUUCAAAACAUUCAGGGACAUUGUAAAGUAAAAACGUAUGCUGCUGCCACACAAUUCACUCCUGCCAUGCUGUCAGCCACAAACCCAGCCACGUGGCAAACCUGUCGUGUAUCAGCCAUCAACUCAGCCACGUGGCACACCUGUCGCGUGCCACCAACUCAGCCACGUGGCACACCUGUCGCGUGUCAGCCAUCAACUCUGCCACGUGGCACACCUGUCGCGUGUCAGCCAUCAACUCAGCCACGUGGCACACAUGUCGCGUGCCAGCCAUCAACUCAGCCACGUGGCACACCUGUCGCGUGCCAGCCAUCAACUCAGCCACGUGGCACACCUGUCGCGUGCCAGCCAUCAACUCAGCCACGUGGCACACCUGUCGCGUGCCAGCCAUCAACCCAGCGUUCCUGUGGCGUUCAGAAAGUUUUAAGCCACUUAACCGCGUUAUUCAUAAUAAAUGUAACAAUGAUAUUGUACUUACUAUAAGUGUACAGGAGAGCGUGAUAUGCAAGACCAAAGAUCAGCAGGUGCGUAGCUUGGGGCGUUCGGGUCGACUUUAAUAACUUCUGGCGGGUCCAAGCUUUGAAAAUUAAUAUUUCAACCUUAACCAUUUAAAUAGUAGGAACUUGAAGCCCUCCUUGUAAUAUAUUCAACAUUCAAUGUCAUUUGCCGUACCUAUUGUUGUUCAACAUUCGCGAAUUUUACAUUUAGCUGCAAGGUGUGAGAGAAGCAAUCGUUGAGGAGUCGAAUUAAGCGUUAAAUAGCUACGCAGGCAAAUACGAAAAAUAUGUUCUUGAAUAUUGUAUUUCGUGUACCAAAAAACUUGUUGCUUAAGAAUCCUCAUUUCUCGAUAAGGAAAUCACUUGUGCAUUACAAUUGUUUAGAGAUUACACUGUAACCAUAA